CUGGACUCAAACCGGUGCCAUAUGGGACAGCAUGAGCUGAGGCGAGACAUGGACUUCUCCCGGCUGCACCUCUACAGCCCUCCGCAGUGUGUGCCGGACAACACGGGCUACACCUACGCGCUCAGCUCGAGCUAUUCUUCUGAUGCUCUGGACUUCGAAACACAGCACCGGUUGGAUCCCGUGUUUGAUUCCCCUAGGAUGUCCCGCCGCAGUUUGCGCCUGGUCAGGACGAGCUACUCCACAGGGGACAGUAAGGCAGGAGAUACGCACCCCUCCCAGGAUGGAGUACCAAGAACACUAAGACAGCGCAGAAGUGCAGGCAAAGCUGCUCCCAGUGUGAGCCCCGUGUCCCGGAGAGCUGCAGGCAGCCAGGGCGGCUCUCGCAGUGUGCAGGCUGCUGCGGCCCUGCAGCCAUGCGUGCUGGAUGAGUCCUUGAUCCGUGAGCAGACAGAGGUGACCCACUUCUGGGGUCUCGACGAUGAUGGUGACACUAAAGGUGCAGGCAAAGCCGUUGUUCAGGAAAACGGAGCCCUGGCAGUGGAGGCUGCCGAAGCCACUGGGCACAACGGGUACACCUGCAGCAGCUGCCGCCUGCUGUCUGAGCGCAGGGACACCCUGACCGCGCAGCCCACGGCCUACACGCUGGCCUCCAGGGUCUAUUCCCGUGACAGGAUGCAGAAGCGCGGUGCGUGUCUCUAUGCGGACAGGCUCUUGGGGCUGGCCACGUGUGCGAUGUCGUCUCUGUCAACACUCUUAGUUCAGCUUUUCCAAGUGGUUUUACUGAAGCUCAAUUAUGAAUCUGACAAUUUCAAAUUGAAAAGUUACGAAUCAAAAGAUGGUGAAUCAGAAAGCUUUAAGUCAAAAAGCUAUGAAUCAAAAGCUCAUGCCGGUUGCUGUGGGAGCGUGAAUGUGACAGAGUGUCUCAGAGUCGAUGGCCGCCUCGGGGGCCGUGGCGAGUCUAUGUGCGAUGACUGUAAGAGGAAGCGGCACCUUGAGACACACACAGCCACCCACUCGCAGUCCUCCAGGCCACACAGGCUGGCAGGGACCAUGGGGCACCUCGGUGCCCGUGCAGGUCACUUCCUGGUGCAGACACUGCGGAGGGUCUGGGCUGCCGGGUGCCACGUGUCCAGGACGCUGUGGUCCAUUCUUUGGCUGGCUGCGGCGACUCCAGGGAGAGCAGCAUCUGGAAUGUUCUGGUGGCUGGGGAUUGGAUGGUAUCAGUUUGUGACUCUGGUCUCAUGGCUGAAUGUGUUUCUUCUAACAAGGUGCCUCCGACAUCUCUGCAGGUUUCUCAUCCUGCUCCUUCCACUGCUGCUCUUGCUUGGAGCCGGAGUCACCUGGUGGGGUCAGGGUGGUUUCCUCUCUCCCCUGCCUGCGUUCAACUGGCCAGACCUGCACAGAUCGCCGAAGGCUGAGCACCCUGGGGACGGGCUGGGACCUGGCGCUGCUCCCCUCAACCCUCCUGUCCAGGCAGGGGACACAGCGUUUCCGUGGCGCUGGAGGAGCAGCAUGGACCAGCAGGUGACGGCUCUGACUGGCCGGUGCCACACGCAUGACAAGCAGCUCCAGGAACUCACCCUUGAGCUGCACAAACUGCAUGCACGGCUGGACCAGGUGGACGAGGGCCGAGCAGGGCUGUCCUCGUGGGUCAAGGAUCUCAUCGGGCAGCAGCUGCAGGAGGCCGACUUUAUGACUUUGCAUCGUGAACAUGAAGUGCGCCUCUCUGCCUUGGAAGGGAUCCUUGGGGAACUGGCAGAGCGAGCCAAGGCCUUCCAGAAGGAGCUGCAGGAGGCAAAGCUCGCAGCAGCAAGUGAGGAGCAGCAGCACCUGCUGGCUAGCGUGAAGCACCUGGAGCUGGAGCUGAGCAGCUUGAGAGCACGUAUGUCAGACUGGCCAGAUUCACAGAGCGGCUGUCUGGAGGGAGACGCCCUGCAGGAGAAGGUACAGGCCCAGGUCAGAGAAAGUGUCAGGCUGCUGUUUGCUGAAGAGCAGCAGGACGAGGCGCUAGAGCAGCUGCUGCAGAGCUUGGCUGCGCGGUUUGUGAGCAAGGAGGACUUGCAGGCGGCACUGCAGGUGCUGGAGCUGCGCAUACUCACCAACGUCACUCAGCACAUGGCCGUGACCAAGCAGGCACCGACCUCCGAGGCCGUGCUGGCCGCCGUGGCUGAGGCGGGGCUCACUGGCAUCACAGAGGCGCGAGCUCAGGCCAUCGUGAACAACGCUCUGAAGUUGUAUUCCCAGGACAAGACUGGACUGGUGGACUUCGCUCUGGAAUCCGGGGGCGGCAGCGUCCUGAGCACCCGCUGCUCCGAGACCUACGAGACCAAGACAGCGCUCAUCAGCCUCUUCGGGAUCCCACUGUGGUACUUCUCGCAGUCGCCCCGCGUAGUCAUCCAGCCUGACAUUUAUCCGGGAAACUGCUGGGCAUUCAAGGGCUCCCAGGGCUACCUGGUGGUGAGGCUGUCCAUGCCCAUCUGGCCAACCACGUUCACACUGGAGCACAUCCCCAAGGCUCUGGCGCCCACCGGCAACAUCGCCAGCGCCCCCAAGGACUUCGCAGUCUAUGGUCUGGAAAGCGAGUACCAAGAGGAAGGGCAGUUGCUGGGACAGUUCACCUACGACCAGGAUGGUGACUCACUGCAGAUGUUCCGUGUCCUGCCGAGGCCCGACAAAGCUUUCCAGAUGGUGGAGCUGCGGAUCCUGUCCAACUGGGGCCACCCCGAGUACACGUGCCUCUACCGGUUCCGAGUCCACGGGGAUCCCGCCGAGUGAAGCCUGGCACUGCUGUGUGUAUUUCUGUAUAUACUAAGAGCCAGAAACACUGGAACCCUUCAGGAUGGAGGCAUGGCCAAUAAACGUGACCGGACACCUGUGUGGGUGCCAUGGUCUGACCGCAGCCCGCCUGCGUAGCACCUUCUGGACCCAUGUGCAGGGCGUGGCAGAGACGUCCAGCACACUACAGGGCCCACAUCUGGGAGGGAUGGGCAUACUUCCUCCUGGGUCUGACCCCCCUUCUGAGGGACCCACGCGGGACUCUGCUGACAUCAAGUGGACCCCAACCCCACCACCUUGGGCUGUUCCCAGCAAACCCCAGGGUGUCCUGCCCGAGGCGGCUGUGGGUCCUGGCGGGCAGGCUCACAGCUGCUGGACCUCAGGGCCCUCGCUGCCUGGCCCUCGGUAGGCUUGGCCCUUUGCUGCAGCUGUCAUCUGUUCUUCCUGCUGCUACUGGGUCCCUUUCUGGUUACUCUUGAUAUUUAAUAUUUAGACAAUUUCACAGAGCUGACUUUAUAAUCCAGGUGGUGCCAGGCCCUUGGGACCACAGGUGUGUCGCCUGAGAACUCUUGAUGUGCCGCAAAUGUGUUUUCACACAAACUGAUGGUGCGGAGGUUCUGAGUCGUGUCGCACAGCACAAGGCCACAGAACUCACCUAUGCAGUGAAGCUGAUAAAACGUGUACACGUUCCAUACAGAUUACAGCUUGCAUAUAGACAUCAGAAUUUCCUAUAUUAAACUAAAUUUGGGAGUUGGGGUGGAAAUAUUUUGAAUAUUUAUUUUUAAAGAUAGCAGUUUGUGCAAUGUAUUUUUGUAAAUGCUUUUCAAAAUGCAUCUUUGGUAAUGCUGCUUUUGCUGACACCAAAUUGACAAGAUGACCGAAAUGUUCUAAUAAAGAGUUUUAAUUUUUAACAGUGCAUGUGAUAUUUCAGAUGAACAAUAAACCGUUUUCUUUCCUCCA